GUGAGUUACAAGCAAACCCCUUGAACUGUGGGUAACAGUUCAUCAAUUGGUAUCAGAGCCUGGUUGCGCCAUAUUCUACAAGGGAGGGUGACAUGGUUCUUGACCUAGCCCCGAUCCACGAACUAAAGCUACGCACGUUGGCGACAUGUGAGGACAUCACAACGACUUGUGCACAGCUAGCCGUAACAUGUAAGCAACUCAAGGCGCGAUGCCGCGAGUGGGAGCUGAACGAUGAUCGCGCAACAAUCCCGCAUGGGAAGCGCAACAACGACGACGUGGCCCGCGUCGACUCCAAUGAAAUCAGGGCGAUGGAGGAGAUCAAAAUCUCUGUCAACGAGAUCGUGGGAAGGGAAACAGUACACACCGGUGAACCUCGCCGCUGCGAGGCUAUCAUCCUUCGAUCUACAAGCUGCAAGAAGGAGAUUAAAGCUCGAGCUCGAGGCAAUGGCGGCAGAAUUGCUAUUAACAAUGGGAGCUUUACGGAUUCAUUUGAAAAUCCUCCAUUAGUACACAAACUGCCGGUGGGGAAGACGCCGGAAUGGAAGUCACACGAGUUGUGGAUUGGAACUGGAACCGGACGCGCACUGCAGGCUGAGUCAAGAGAGCUGGGAAAGCAGCAGCUUGAAUCUUCCUUGAGUGAUGAGGUGACGUUGCUGGUCACACAGGUUGGAAUUGAGGUGCCCAAUGAUUCAACCAUGUUUGCAAGGGGAAGAAUGGAUCCUAGAUAUUCUUGGAAAUUCAAUAGAAAAAGGGGAGCGGAGGUGUAGGGUUUCUGGAAGGGGAAGGGAGAUCCCCAAUUGAUGUUCUCCAGGCUUACGCUUGGCUUUGAAUUGAUGUUCUCCAGUAAGGAGAUGGGUUUUACCCUGAAUUCAUGGACGGUUCAUGAGCUUAACAGAUUUAGCAUAAACCCAUUGUAGUGAAUGUUUCAUGGGAACUGUAAAUAUGAAAUCGUAUUUUAGCUUUUGUAGUUUUGGAUGAAACAUACAGGUUAUGACGAGUAAGUUAUAUCUUAUAAUUGUGACAUUUGGUGCUAUUGUACUAUCAUGUUCAUGUUUAAGGUAAAUAAACAUGGAAUUUUGGU